GGGUGAACGAAUGAGCCGCCGGGCAAGGUGGUAGCGCACUGCUCUUAACCAAUCUCGACGAACUCAAGCAUGGUCCAGCAACGGAACGUCAGCUACUCUCAGGGCAAGGCAGUGGUCACAAAUGCGCGGCAGCAGCACCUUCACAGCUGCUCUUACGUCCCAAAGGAUCCCUUGGCAGUCGUAGUGUUCCUACCUGGUCUCGAUGAAAGCUGCCAGAGGUAUGAGGGGUUGUUCAAGUACUUGGCAGCGCAGCAGAUUGCGGUGUUUGCGUUGGAGCAAAGUCCGUUGGCGAUGAAGGCGGUGGCAGGCGCGUCAGAAUCCACGACCAUGUACAAGCACCCGAACCCGGAAGUAAACUUUCAAAAGCAAGCAUCCAACGUAUCGUUGUUCCCGGCACCUGGCGCAUGCGGGAUCACGCAGUACGUAGAAGAUGUGCACCAGUUUGCACUCGGUGUGGCGCAGCGUAUUGGCGACCAUCAAAUCAACUAUUUCUUGUGCGGAGCGUACUACGGAGGACUGAUGGCGGCACACACUGGCAUCCUGUCCGACUUUCCUUGGAAAGGCAUCAUUGUCACGGCGCCCGACAUGAUUCCGCCCAUGAGCAUCCUGACGUCCAUCACAACAACCAUCACAAGCCAGUGGCGCUCAUUCGUGCCCACGUUGCGGCCCACGUUUGCCUCGUUGCGAGACAAGUACUUGCCGCGGUCCAAAAGUCAAGGGGGCAACGACUUCACCGACACGACCGAGCAAACCUUCACCGAGGACGAGAACAAGAGUGAAGCGUCCGACCCGACAGACGAAGCAUUCAAGGAACUCAAUUUCGCAAAGCACUCGUUGCACGUUCCGUUGCUGAUCUUGAACGGGACGCUCGACGGUCGGAAGCCGACGGUGGACAUGCACAACUUUUUUCUUGGCCUCACGUGCGCGAAGAAGGAUAUCCUGAAUUUCAAGGAACUGUACCACAGCAUGGGCAGUAACGAGGGAAACCCUGACGUGAACGCAGCGAUCCUGAAAUGGAUCCACACCUUCCAAGCCGAAUGAACCUACCAAUCGAUCGUCGAAACAAAUGUUUAGUCGUCGGUUGCGCAUCUAAAGUGGACAUGGACCCGCCAUGGCCAUUCCAACUUGUACCCCCAUGCAUGACAAAGGUUGGAAACAGUGCAGCAGAGGUGCAUAUACUACUCGCAGUCGAGCGAAUGGUUUGCCCACUGGAUGGGUCGCCCCAUUCUAGGAUGCAUAUUCGAC